AGCAAUAUGUUCUUAAUCAAAACAUAAAUAAAAAUAUCACGAAGCACCACACGAAUAUCAAAAAUCGGCCCAACAGAAUUAAACAACACACUCGUCGCAUAGAAAAUUGAACAUGGCUUUAGUUCGAUCGUUCCAGAUUCUGUUUCCAAAGAUACCGGCAAUGCCUUUUUUCGCCGGCAAUCUAGCAAACACCCUGACGGAAGCCACGGCCGGUGGGGCCUGGGGACUACUAUCAGCACGGACAGUGAUCCGCAAUCAGUUUCCUCGAGCAAGGGAAACUAAACGUGUACGAGUGCAUGGUUGGUGGAAAAGAAUAUCCACCCUCCCUGGCCGACGGGUGCUUAUGCGUAAAAUCUUGAAAGGGCGUCAUGUUCUUGCACACUAGUCGCAUGUGUUGUAUAUUCCGCUAAAGGAUUUAUCCCUUAUUAAAACCUAGCCUAGUUCCACGCAUGGUGCAACAUUGUAAAAAUGCUUUGCAUCA